CCUUUUCCCUAUGCCAGGCUGUCUCGCUCUCCUGCUUUCCCCUUGUGCCUGGUGGUCUGUCUCCCUCUUCCCUGUGCCCCCUGGCUCUCUCUUCCCUCCUUCCUCUGGGCUGUGACUUGAGGUCUUUCCCUGUCUCCUUCCCUCCUAUGCCCGGCUGUCUCUCUACAGUGCCUGACUGUCACUCUCUCUUCCCUCCUUCCUCUGGGCUGUGACUUGCAGUCUCUCUCCUCCCCCUGAUCUCUGUACCUUUAACUGUCUCUCCUCCCACUGAACUCUGACUGUGAGACACACAGGAAGAGACAGUCCUGGGGGCCAGAGAGACACAUACAUGGCAGAGAGACGCACACACAUCCUGAGAUAGACGUCUGUACAGACAGAAGGAGGAGACACAGGGCCGGCUGUAUCAGUUGCAGGUUGUCAUCAUGGCGAUGCGAGGACUGGUGGACACAGAGUGUGGGGGUGCUAAUCCCCUUAUGAAGCUGACCGGUCACUUCACCCAGGAUAAAGGUCUGCGGCAGGAAGGAUUGCCCAGCGUGGCGUGGCCCCCAGGAGCCACCGCUAUCUCGAAGCCUCUUGGAGAAGCUACAGAAGAUGAGCUGGUGUCUGAGUUCCUGCAGUCCCGCACACCUUCCUUGCAUACUCGGGCCCCUGAUACAUUCAAGAUGGACGCCCUCCUGGCUGAGAUGCAGCAAAUCGAGCAGAGCAGUUUCCGUCCUCCGCCGCUCAGAGCUCCUGGUGUUGCGGAUCUCGCCCUCUCUGAACACUGGACUGAUGAGUUUCUUGAGCAAGAACCAGCAGUGGAGGAAGAGGACUGGAGCCGGGAGUUCAUUGACCAGGCCGACCCCCACUCAUCCCCAUCUCGCUGGGCAGAGGAAUAUCUCCAGCAGUCGGAGGAAAAACUCUGGUUGGGAGAAAGUGAGGGAGCGAUGGCGGAAAAAUGGAGUGAAGAGUACCAACCUGAAGACGACUUACAGAGAGAAGCAAAGUCUCUACUUUCCCAAGUCACUGACCCCAAACUUACCAGCAGCCAGUUCUUACAAUUUGUGAGGAAGAUAGGAGACGGGGAGGUAUCUCUGUCGCAGACCCCGAGCGCUCCCUCCCAGACGGUCUCGCAGGCAGAGCAGUGGUCAGAACAGUUUAUACAGGAGCAGGCGGCUGAACAGUGGGUCGAUCAGUUCACCCCGCUGGAGAAAGAAUUUGAGUCCGCAAAGGCCACAGUGGAGGCAGAUGUGGAUUUUUGGGACAAACUUCAAGAAGAAUGGGAGGAGAUGGCCAAGAGGGAUGCCGAGGCACAUCCAUGGCUUUCAGAUUUCCAGGAUUUAUCUGCAAAAUCUUAUGACAAGGGUUACGCGUUUGAGGAGGAAAAUCCCUUUUCAGAGGAGGCACAGCCAUUUGAGGAAGGUCUAAAACGCCUUCGGGAAGGAGACCUCCCAAGUGCGGUCAGACUUUUUGAGAUUGCCGUGCAGCGAGACCCCAAGCACAUGGAGGCCUGGCAAUAUUUGGGCACCACUCAGGCAGAGAACGAGCAGGAGUUGGCGGCCAUCAGUGCUCUCCGCAGGUGCCUGGAGCUAAAGCCGGACAAUCUGAACGCCCUGAUGGCGCUGGCGGUUAGUUUUACCAACGAAUGCCUCCAGCAGCAGGCUUGUGAGACUCUGCGGGAGUGGCUGCGUCACAACCCCAAAUACAACCACCUGGUGAAGGAAGGAGACGCCGGAGAGGCUUCUAGAAAGAAAUCCCUGGGGACCUUAUUGUCUGACACCCUGUUCUCCGAGGUGCGGGAGUUGUUCCUCUCCGCCGUCCGUAUAGACCCAAGUCAAGUGGAUCCCGAUGUUCAGUGUGGCCUCGGGGUUCUCUUUAACCUGAGCGGGGAGUAUCAGAAGGCGGUCGACUGCUUCACGGCCGCGCUGAGUCAGAAACCUGAUGACUACUUAUUGUGGAAUAAACUGGGAGCCACCCUGGCAAACGGUAAUGACAGCGAGGCAGCGGUGGAGGCUUACCGACGGGCACUACAACUGCAGCCGGGAUUUAUCCGCUCCCGGUACAAUUUGGGCAUUGCCUGCAUUAACCUGGGGGCACACAGGGAGGCUGUGGAGCAUUUCAUAGAGGCCCUUAGCAUGCAACAGCAGAGUGGCGGCCCCGGAGGAGCCAUGUCUGACAAUAUCUGGAGCACCCUGCGGAUGGCGCUAUCCAUGUUAGGACAGAGUAAUUUGUACGCUGCGGCGGAUGCCCGUGACCUGGCUGCUUUACAGGCGGAGUUUCCCCCUCCCUCUGCCCCUGUGCAAUGACCGCAGUUUGACGGGUUUCCGUGUGAGUGCAUGCUCACAGGUCUUAGUCAAUGUACCGGGGAAGCAGAACCCACAACCAUGCACUAAGACUCCAUACACAGAGGUAAGAACCCAGCAGACUGAACAGAGUAUCACCCCCUCCCUGGCCGGACCUGAUGGGACCCACCCACGAGAAGCUUGAUCUUUCACUCCAUUGGCUGGUACAGGGGAUGAAGGGGCAGAGCGGAUUUCUUUUUUCUAAUUUACAUUGAUUUUUUUUUAUUUAAUUACCUCGUGUAUCAGGAAACGGAUACAAUGUGACAACUUCACAGCGGACGUACGUUACCAUAUCAGUGGAUUCAUUACCUUACUCGUUUAGUGUUAGUCUUCACCUCCCCUGAAGAAUCAUCGCCGGUCCUCCAAAACAUUAUAACCUCUCGACCGCCGUUGCUACUUUUCAUAUAGUUCCGGUAUCUGUACGCCGUGAGAUUACGUCUAGACUAUAGAGCUUUAAGGAUUAAUCCGUGCGUAAUGGAAAAAUUCUGCAGUUUUCUAAUACGGUAUACUUUGUGUGUUAAAUGGGUACUCCGGUGGGAAAAAAAAAUUUUUUAUAAAAAAAUUUUAUCAACUGGUGCCAGAAAGUUCUAUAGAUUUUUAAAUUA